AUUUAUUUAAUGAGUUAUCUAUAUUUUGGUACAUUGCCUUCUUCAGUACCUCCUGUGUUUGGUAUUUGAUAUUUAUAAUGUAGAUACAACUCCAUGUUUAAAGUAGAUGCAUGAUUAUGAAGACUGUGCUUUUGAGUAAAUCAAAUAUUAAUCAUUCAAAUAGAUCAAAUACUAAACAAAUGGAAAUCAUUCAUCCAAGUUGGCCAUCAAUGUGGCCUAGAAUGUUAACUGAUGGAAAAUCAAUUGUAAAUACUAAAUAUAUAAUCAUUAGGACUUUGGCCAUACUCCUAUGCAUCAAGAUAGUUCUACUCAUUAUACAUAGUUUUUAUUUAUUUAAUAAUACUAGUAUGCGUCCAUUAACUAAAAAAAUCAAGCAUUAUUUAUGGGAAUGUGAAGAAGAAAGGUUUGUCUAUAAGGCUUGCUUGAGAAAAUUAAUUAGCCUUAAAAGAACUGAUAAACACACUAGUUGGGAUACAGCAUCUGUUAGUAACUUAAGUUUAGUGUGAUUAAAACAAAUAAAUAUAAC